CAAUUACUAACUAUUUGACAAGUUAAGUUUCUGACUGAAUUGAGUCAACAUGAAAACGAUAAUAAUUUUUUUCACUUUGAUCUGUUUUGUUUAUGGCUCUCGUCGAUAUGUUGACAAUGGUCUUCAUCCAUUAUCCGACGAGAUGAUCAAUCAGAUUAACUCUCUUGGAACUACAUGGAAGGCUGGUCAAAAUUUCGAUGGAGUUUCAUUAAAUGCGGUCAAGCGUCUUCUCGGUGUCCCCUCGAGAUCCAACAAAGCAUCUAAAAGACCAUUGAGAUAUAUUCACCAUCGUAAUACGAAUGAUUUACCAGAAAGUUUCGAUUCACGAACAAAAUGGCCCAAUUGUACUUCAUUAACUACCAUUCGAGAUCAAGGUAACUGUGGAUCAUGUUGGGUUUUCUCAGCUAUCGAAGCCAUGAGCGAUCGUCUUUGUAUCCAUGGGUCAAUUGAUGUCCUUUUAUCAACCCAACAAAUGGUCACUUGUUAUGGUGAUGGUUGUCAAGGAGGUUGGCCUGAGAGUGUCUAUGGUAUUUACCAAGAAGAGGGUAUUGUAUCUGGAGGAUUAUAUCAGGGUGGUGGAUGUUCACCUUACACUUUACCACCUUGUGAGCAUCAUAUUAAAGGACCUUUACCUACUUGUCCUGAUACUUAUCUUCCCGCUCCCGAGUGUAAGAAGGAGUGUGUUGCCGGGUAUGGGAAAACUUGGGAACAAGAUAAGUAUUACGGACAAGAACCUUAUGCAGUCGGAUACGAUCAGAAGCAAAUCAUGAAGGAGAUAAUGACCAAUGGUCCAGUUUCAGCUGAUUUCACUGUUUAUGCUGAUUUUCCUAAUUAUAAAUCGGGUGUUUACCAACGAACUACUUAUGAUUCCCUUGGUGGCCAUGCAAUCAAGAUCAUCGGUUGGGGUACCGAAAAUGGUACAGAUUAUUGGUUGGUAGCCAAUUCAUGGAAUGAUUAUUGGGGUGACAAAGGUUACUUCAAGAUUCGACGAGGAAAUAACGAAUGUGGCAUCGAAGAUGAUGUUGUCGCUGGUUUACCAAAACUCUAAUCUUUUUAAAAUAAAAUUUGAGAAUUUUUCUUUGAAUAUAAAUAAUAACAUUUCUUAUUUUAUCCAAUCUGAAUACUAAAAUUUCAUUGAUACUAUUGAUAUAAUGAUAAUUGAAUUUUUACAAUUAAUAAAAUAAAAGCAUACACAAGUAGA